GUGGCAACGCUUGGCGAAACUUGAUUUGUCAAAAUAUUCAAGAAAAAUAACACACGCUGACGUUGUUUUUAAAAACAGGAAACGUAAAGAAUUGGAAAACUUUCUGUGAGCUUCUCACCAAGAGUGGCAAACUUGUUGGCGGCUGAAAGACGACUGUCUUGCUGUUUGCUGAGUUCUCCGUGUCUUGUCAGUGUUUGGUACCAGCAGACGGAAGCCACGAUGGUUUCAACAAAUUCUGGGAUCGUUCUCGAAAACAUUGACGCAUCCCUGGUUGACUUUUACUUUGCGUUUUUACUAGUUAUUGUGUUUUUGUCUUUGAUCGGCAAUAUCACGAUUCUAACCGCUCUAUAUACGCAGAACACGAACCUUAGAACCAACAUGGAUGUGUUUAUUGCAAACAUGGCAGUAUCGGACAUCGUAUCAUCGUUUUCUGCCACAUUUACCCUGAACAAUGCUAAAUUACAAUGGAGCAACGGAAUUGGAACCUGUAAACUUUGCUAUUUCCUUGUUCAUGCGUCGUAUGCAGUUAUCAUGUUCACACUUUGCUUGGCAAGUAUAGAUCGCUUUUAUGGAAUUUGUCUUCCGAUAAGACACAGGCAGGUUUUUCUCAUCAAGAAACCUGCCUUUGCCAUCGCAUUAAUAUGGAUUUUAUCGUGUCUGGUGUUUGCACCAUAUAUUUACGCUUACGAUGUUAAAGAAUUCAAGUUUCCCAACGGAGAAGCAAAGCAAAUAUGUACGCAAACUUGGAAUUCUGACAUUGAACAAACAUUCUAUUCAGUGGUAGUGUUAUUACUGCUAUUUCUAACGCCAAUAACUUUGUUUAUCUUCGCUUUUGUCAAAGUUUUCCAUAAAUUACAAGAACCAAGAAGCACUGCGUCAGGAGGUAAUGCAAUUCUUCACAAAAAGCGUCGAAAUAUGACGUGGAUGCUUUUAUUAAUGAUAGUUUUGCAGUACAUUUGCUCCGGUCCCCUCAUUUUGGCUCACACCUUACACGUGUUCGGUCAAACUUCAGGUGAUUAUUUCAACAUUUGGCUAAUACUCGAGCUUCUUCGUUUUUUGCGUUGUGGUACUUAUCCUCUACUCUACCUCACAAUGUAUCAGAAUUUCCGCACAAGUUUAAAAGCGCUGUUUUCAUCGUGCAGUUCAACAGGAUCGCGCGCAGCUGCGAUGACCUCACCGGCACUAGGCAGGAGCCUUUCGCAGCCACCUUCAGUCCCAGUGUCCUCUGCGGCCUCUGAUCGGUCAAUGUCGUACGUUCCAGAGGAUGAGAUGUACACGAGUAUGUAAAGUCGUGCCCAUGCUUACGUUUGUGUCACUUCGGACAGUAUUAUUUGUUAAUAUUAUAACAAGCGCUUUUU